AUGGCGCCCAAUGAAACAGUGCCACGUGGCGACGGGCGCUUGGAAGAGCUGCUGGAGAGCGGCAUGUUUGCUGACGUGACACUGAGAGCGGGCGACGCGGAUGUUGCCGCGCACCGCUGCAUCCUCUCGUCGUGGUACGUGUGCAACGCCAGUGCGACGUCUCCUGUGUUCAAGAAGAUGUUUACGAACGGCUUCAUGGAGACAUCGGAGCAGCCUGUAGUGAGGAUGGACGACAUGGACGAGUGCACCCUACGCCUCUUCCUGCGCCUUAUCUACGCGGGCAGAUGCAACCUUCCCAAGGAGUACCUACUGAGCCACGGGCUGCAGCUGCUGACGUCAGCGAAUAAGUACGACAUCCUGGAGCUUGUGUAUGCACUGGACGGCGAACUGGCGGCCGUGGCGGCGGAAUCUGGGGACCUCCAGCUGGCAUUUGACGGGCUCCACGUGGCAGCAGCUCACGGCGCGGUGCAGUUGGCCGGUUGGUGCAGGGAGAAGAUUUUUGAGUGCAGUGGGGAAGGAGCGUGCAUCGCUAAAAUGAAGGUGUGUUAA